AUGUCAGAUACUCCCACGCCGUCAUCUAUCUCUGCCUAUGAAAGCCUUUCCUCCACCCUUGAUACGAUCCUGGCCAGAGGCUACCUCAAGGUUGGAACCACCGGCGACUACAAACCAUUCACCUACCUCGUCACCAACGCCACUGCCCUACCCAACGCAGCAGCCAUCAACACCAGCUACAUCGGCGCCGACAUUGAUGCCGCCCAGUCGCUGUCCAACGCCCUGGGUCUGCCCCGCCCGCCCCAACUCAUCCCCACCGCAUGGGCGAACCUCACGAGGGACCUAGCCACCGGCAGAUUCGACAUCGUCAUGGGCGGCGUCAGCCUCACGCUGCCACGGGCCCGCACGGCCAUGCUCUCCACGCCCAUCCAGAAGGUGGGGAAGACGGGGUGCGUGCGGUGCGGUGACGCUGGUAGGUUCACCAGCCUGGUGGCCAUCGACCAGGUCGGCGUCCGCGUCGUGGUGAACCCGGGCGGCAGCAACGAGGCCUUCAACAGGGCGAAUCUGGUAAACGCCGAGAUCGUGUUGCUACCGGAUAACAACGCUGUUUUUCAGGCUGUCCGGGACGGAAGCGCGGACGUGAUGAUCUCGGAUCGGAUAGAGGUGGAGCUGCAGGUGAAGCUGCACCCAGGCGAGCUGUGCCUCGUGAACGAGGUGCCGUGGACGUUUGAGGAGCUGGGGUAUAUGGUUGGGAGGGAUGUGGUGUGGAAGGGCUUUGUGGAUCAGUGGGUGCGUGUCAUGCUGGGGAGUGGUGCUUGGAAUGAGACCUUGACGGAUUGGAUGGAGUAUCGAUGGCCGAGUGUUUAG